AUGGGGCCAGGCCAUGGGGGGCAGGUCUGGGGGGGCAGUUGGGCCGGGGCAUCUCCAACUGCCCUGGAUGUGGAACUGGAACAACGGCCAGAACGGCUGCUGGAGCCCUGGCAGGAGCGGCAGGAGGCGAAAGAAGGCAAAGCACGGCCCCGGAGCGGCCGUAAGAAAGCGAGAAGCCGCGGCGAUGUGCCGGGGGCAGGAGCCGGGAGCGGAGCGGGGCCGCUGCCGAGCGCUGCGCUCCGCAUUCCCCUCCCCAGGCUCGGCCAAAUCGAGGAGCAGCUCAUCCGCGCUGACGAGGCGGCCGCUGAGUUCGACCGCGGGCUCGGCGCUGCCGCUGCGCUCCGGGCGGCGCUGCGGGAAGGGAGCGCUCGGUGCCGCCAGCGAGACUUCGCUGCGGCCGCCGCCAAAUUCUGCACGGCUCUGGAGCUUUGCAGUGAAGGUUUUGCCACGGAGGAUCCCUUGAAGUCCUCUCCAGAUGAUAUUUCCAGGCUUGCCAGUUGGAUCGAGUCAAAACUCGUCAUCUGCUACUUAAAACUGGGGCAGCCUGGCCUUGCUCUGCAUCAUUCACACAGGAGCAUCAUUGAGAACCCCUCUCACUUCUGCAACCACGUGCGCCAGGCCGCCUGCUUCCGCUGCCUGCACAGAUACUCGGAGGCUGCCAGGAGUGCCAUGGUGGCCCAGUGUCUGUACGUGCUGGCCGAGGGCGCCGUGCUGGACACCAGUGACCUCCUGCAGCUCUACUGGCAGGCUAUGAUUCAGGAAGCCCUCAGUGGAGAAAUCUCUUUUUCUGUCCUGUACACACCUUUUGAGAAAGAGGACAAGGCUGACAAAAUAAAGGAGGCCAACAAAACCUUUGCUGAGAAGCACCCUGAUUACGUGCAGCACAUAUUCACAGAUCCUCAUGGAAUUCACCUGUUGCCAGAGAAGGCUGAAUCUCAUCCUGGCCAGCAGUACUUACUGACUCUGGGCUUCAGAAACAAAGAGAUUGGAAAAACCUUGGAGAAGUUUGUAACUCAAAAGCUGCCAGUCUUUCCAGGCCAGAAAAUAACUUUCAGUCCCAGCAUGGAGGAAGAAGCAGAAACAUUUUGGCAGAGCACUGGGAAAAGGAUCAUGGCAGCCAUGGCUUUCAUGGGAAGCACCAAGAUCAAGGACGAGCGUGGCCCCUGUGCUUGGGCCAUUGAGCAGUUCCACCACGCCAGCCUGCUCAGCCACCUGCAGACAGGGGAGCAACAGGCCCAGGUGAUGGCCCAGGUGAUGGCUGAGCUGGCCACUGUUCCCUACCUGCAGAGAGUCUCUCGGGAGGAUGACAAGCUGCUGCAGUCACUGAUGGCAGAUGCCGUGGACAUCCUGGCAGGAAGAGCUGGAGAGCGAGUGUGGACGAAAAUACACAAGGUAACAGGCAAGGGCAGGAGGGCAGCCUGCUGCUCGGGCACGAAAGGUCCCUGA